AUGACAACGAGCCAAAGUCAACCGAAUAUACAUCCAAAACUUUAUGAGAUUCGUGGUGCACAAUACUCAAAACAAAAUAAAAAUACGACUUUUCGAGUGUAUGCGCCUAAUGCAAGAUGUGUAUUGGUUAUUCUGACGUCAUAUGGCACGGAGAUGUCGAGACUAGCGAUGCAAAAGGAUGACUCAGAUCUUUGGGAAACUGUCACCGAUAAAAUAUUACCCGGUGCUACAUAUCUGUACCUUGUGGACGAUUGUAAUGGUAAACAAAUGUUAAGAACAGAUCCAGUAAGUUUCUCUGUUGUGUACGUUCCCGAAGUCAAUCAAGUGCAUUCUAUUGUUCAUGAUCAUACGGUUUAUCAGUGGAGCGACCAACUUUGGAUGCAAACACGAGCUCGAACUGAUCCAUUACGAUCACCUUUGUCUAUCUAUGAACUUCAGCUGAAAUCAUGGAAAAAUGAUGUCUAUCAUCCAUUGAAUUAUCGUCAAUUAGCUCCUGAACUAGCAAUCUAUUGUCAACAAAUGGGAUUUACUCAUGUAGAAAUAUUUGGUAUUCUUGAUCAUGCCUAUAAACCGGCUCGGGGUUAUCAAGUAGCCAAUUAUUUUGCUCCAUAUCGUGACAAUGGCAUAUGUGAUGAUCUAAAAUUUUUCGUAGAUCAUUUACAUCAGAAUAAUAUUGGAAUCAUUCUCGAUUGGAUUCUAACUCAUUUCCAACAUUAUCAUCAAUCGGAUUCGUUCUCAAUCUCUCUACAUGAAUUCGAUGGAACAAACUUAUAUGCCGGCGAGGCAUCGGCUUGGGGAACGCUCUACUUCGAUUUUAAUAAAGAAGAAACUUGUCGGUUCUUAUUCGCUAGUGCUCUUUAUUUUCUCGACGUUAUGCAUAUGGAUGGAAUCCGUUUUGAUGCGGUCAGUACAAUGAUUAGACGACAUUCGAACGAUAUUCCUGCAGCCAUUGCAUUCUUGCGUAAUCUCAACAAAACGAUUCAUCGAUGUUAUCCUGGUGUUCUUUGCAUUGCAGAAGAAACUGAUGGUUAUCGAAAUUUAACGAAGAUAAUGGAUUUUGAUUUGAAAUGGAAUAUCGGCUGGAGUUGUGACGCUCGAAAUCUAUUGCGCACGCCUUACAAUGAGAGAUCAAAUCAUUGGCAGCAAAAAGUUCUUAACAUACUUAAUGUCGCGUGUAAAAACGAAGAUAAAACGAUUCUUACACUUAGUCACGAUGAUACUGAUUCCGGCGAGCACAAUAGCAACAGUGUCCUACUAAGUUGUGUAUCUCACAGUAGUAAUGAUUCUGAAAAAUUUGCUGAUCUUCGAAAUUUCUUCGCCUGGCAAACAUUAGCACCGAGUCGUGGUCAUAUGAUUCAUAUGGGAGAUGAACUAGUUCAGCCUAUGUCAUGGUAUCAACGUUUUCGCCAAGGUCGAUCUAGUGUAGACUGGUCAUUGGUUAAUACUUCUUCGUUGCAUAGAAAAAUGCAAGAAUAUAUUGCUGAUCUUAAUCGACUCUAUCAACAUCACCAACAGUUUUGGCAGAAUGGUGAACAAGAUUUUAGAAUGAUCUACGAGUAUGGACCCAAUUUAAUCGUAGCUUAUCAUCGGGGUACCUAUGACAAUAGACGUAUGGCUGUUAUUCACAAUUUUUCCAAUUACGGAUAUUCAUCGUAUGAUAUUUCCUUACCAUCGUCGGAUUCAGAUAUACGCCGCAUUCAAAAUAUAGUGGAAAUUUUCAAUUCAGAUAAUCCAGUAUAUGGUGGAUCAGGAUUGUUCCAAAAUGUUGAAAUCGAAAUAAUCAAUUCUUUUGCAAGCGGAAGGUCAUUUAGAUUGACUAUACCACCUCUCGCUACUCUUAUACUUGAGGAGUAUUUAAGUUAA